AUGGGAUUUGCUCCGUCGUCUUCUUCCUACUCUUCCUCUGCCGACGAAAAACCGGCGCUUUACGAAUUGAGAGAAAACCCCAAGAGAAGUCUCAGGUUCGCGGAUCCCGUUUUCGCCUUUUCCCACUCCGAAAUUCUCGUCCAAGACAGAGAGAGCGAGACCGAGUCCAAAAACCCGACCCGGAAACGAUCCAAACGGAGCCCCACUCCGGCCGCCGUCGACUCCCCGGCGAACUCCGUCUCCGACACCUCGCCCGAAGAAGAUGUCGCCAUGUGCCUAAUGAUGCUCUCACGUGACUCAUGGGUCGGAAACGAAGAUCAAGUUCAAGAUCGAAAACCAAACGGCAUCCCUGAAUCGGAAUCAGAACCCAAAUCAAAAUCAAAAUCAAAAUCGAUGGAGGAAUUGGGGAGAAAUCUCAAAGUGAUGAAGCUGAUUCGGAGGAAGAAGAAAUGCGAGAAGUGCAGGAAGCAGUUCCGAUCAUACAAAGCUCUGUUCAGCCAUGAAAAAAUCUGCCGACCAGAAACAGAGCUCGAAAGUGGAAGAAUCUUCAAAUGCCCAUUUUGUUUGAAGCUUUUCGGGUCCGGACAAGCCCUCGGCGGCCAUAAGAGAUCCCAUCUGGCGACCUCCACAAAUGGCACUGUAAAUGUCUCUGUUUCUCUCAGACUCGAAAUCAGUCUCAUAGAUCUCAAUUUACCAGCCCCUGUAGAAGAAGACGACUACAGUGUAGUUUCUUAUGCUUGAAAAUCUUUUGUUCAUCAUCUUUCAUUUCGAUUAGCUCUCAAUGGCCUCCUUGAAUCUGUCCGAAACUUAGUUUGAUUACUUUUUGUUCAUAUAUCAGGGAUUUUCUGGUUAUGGGGAAAAAGAAGAAACUGAAAAUUUUGGAAGCUGUGAAUGAUGAAUUUUCUGAAUGGUAACAGGAAGAAGAAGAAGUUUCGGUGAAA